CUGGGCAAGGAUCGCACGGGCCUCAUGGCGGCGCUGGUGCUGUCUGCGUGCUGUGUGAGCGAGGAGGAAAUCGUGGCCGACUAUGUCAGGUCGGACGGCGUGCACGAGGUGGCGCUGGGUGGCAUCGAGAAGCAGAGUGACCUCAGGGGCAUGGACGAGAAGGUGUUUGCCGCGGCACCCCCAGAGGCCAUGCGCGGCUUGCUGCAGUAUUGCAAGGAGCGGUAUGGCGGCAUGCGCGAGUACAUGCAUUACAUUGGCUUCACCCGCGAGCAGCAGGCCAGCCUGCGGCGGGGCUUGACGGAGGGCGAUUGGUGAAGUGGGCGCGGCUGCGAGAUCCCCAGAGGCAGGAGCUGUGCUGAGGAGCUGUGCUGCGCUGUGCCAAUGCAGCCCUCCAGCUCAACGUUCUCUCCAAUUUUGCGUCUGUUUUUCAUGUUGCUUGAAGAAGGUUUCUUUUUGUACAUUACGUUAGUGUUGUAAAUCACCUCCUCCU